CGGCCAGUCAAGAACCGCAACAAAUACACCCUCCCCUUAUUAGUCUCGGCUUCCCCUUCACUCAAUCUGUUCCACUUACCCUCCCAAAAUCCCAGCCCCAGGUCACUCGAUCAACACUUUCGGCUGACGUCUUAGCGCCGCAGCCGCAGGUCAUCGUAGACGCCGCCGCAUCUCCUCGCCGCUGCCGCUGCCUCAGGUCUUCGUUGACGCCGCAUCCAGUCCUCCCUCAAAACGUUGACUCCCCUUCGAGCGGCUUCCAUGAAUCCCGACCACUCCUCGCCACACCGCCCUCUGCAAGCUCCACUACGCCUCAAAGAAGGUCAUUGAAUUUUUAAGGCUUGAACUUGAAUUUGAAUGUAGCAUAUGAGAUGUGCUGGUUUUGUUGUGAAAGAACCGAUGGUCAUCGGGCAUGAGUGUGCUGGAGUGAUAGAAGAGGUGGGGAGUGAAGUCCGGACACUAGUUCCCGGUGACCGGGUCGCUUUAGAACCCGGAAUCAGUUGUUGGCGAUGUGAUCUAUGCAAAGAAGGAAGAUACAAUUUGUGCCCAGAUAUGAAGUUUUUUGCUACCAUGGCUCUCUAGCCAAUCAGAUUGUGCAUCCUGCACAUUUAUGCUUCAAACUACCGGAUGAAUUGAGUAUGGAGGAAGGGGUAAUGUGUGAACCUCUAAGUGUCGGUGUUCAUGCGUGCCGUCGAGCAAACAUUGGUCCAGAGACGAGAGUUCUGGUUAUGGGAGCAGGACCUAUAGGUCUUAUCACAAUGCUGGCAGCACGUGCUUUUGGAGCCCCAAGAAUCAUUAUGGCCGACGUGGAUCAGGCCUGUCUUUCUGUUGCAAUGGAGCUUGGAGCAAACGAGGCCAUCAAAGUCUCAACUAGUAUCCAGGAUGUGGGUGCCGAAAUAGAGAAGAUUAAAGAAGCUAUGGGGGAUGGAAUAGACUUGACAUUCAGAAGAUAUUUCAAACCCAUGGAAUUGUAUGGAACAAAAUAAAAGAGCAGCCCGGUGAACAUUGACGUCCCCGCAAUGUUCCUAGUGACACUUUUUUUGUGUGUUGGUAAAUCCUUCAAGCGGUCUAUCUUGACACUUUCACUUUUAUUCUUGACACUUUUUGUCUAUCAUAAAAUGUCAGUUUGCUUGUAGUGACAUAUGUGUUUCUCUAAUUAUGUGUUUUUAAUAUUUUAGGUUUAUUGGAGUAUCGGAAGAGAUCAAUCUUUGUCGAGAGAUGAAGUGUAUGAAGCUUGCGAUGCAUUGGUGAUACAAGUGUGUGACAAUUUAUUGUAAACUACUACGUAUUAGUUUUUUAUAAACUUUAAAAGAUGAUGAUUUCUAUUGUAUGCAUAGUGAACUUUGGUGAUGUAUACCUUAGUUCUUAUGGAAUUAUGGUUUUGGUUUGUGUUGUAAGAUGCUCUUGUUGUAAUUUGAAUGUUUCUUAUUUUAUAAAUAGCAUAUGUUUUGAUUUGAAACACCAUGUUUGUAAACUUGGCCAUUUGG